CCGCGGCGGGGCGGGGCGGGCGGCAGCGCGGGCAGUGGGCGGCGAUGGCUGGCGGCGGGCGCGCCCCGGGGAAGCCCGGCUGAGGCCCCGGCCCCGUGAUGUAUGUGCCCACAGGACCUGAGCGCCUUGGCCCCGGGACCCAGUCCAUCAUGCCACUGGCAUCUCUGAGCCCUCGGGCACCACUGCCGCUGCUGCUCCUGCUGCUGCUGGGGGGCACACCCCGGGCAGGCGGGGGUCCACAGCCCCCUUUCCGCACCUUCACGGCCAGCGACUGGGCCCUCACCCACCUGGUGGUCCAUGAGCAGACGGGUGAGGUGUAUGUGGGUGCCGUGAACCGCAUCUACAAGCUGUCAGGGAAUCUGACGCUGCUGCGUGCGCACGUGACAGGCCCCGUGGAAGACAACGAGAAGUGCUACCCGCCGCCCAGCGUGCAGUCCUGCCCACACGGCCUGGGCAGCACCGACAAUGUCAACAAGCUGCUGCUGCUAGAUCAGGCUGCCAACCGCCUGCUGGCCUGCGGCAGUGCCUCACAGGGCAUCUGCCAGUUCCUGAGGUUGGACGACCUCUUCAAGCUGGGUGAGCCACACCACCGCAAGGAGCACUACCUGUCGGGUGUGCGCGAGCCGGGCAGCAUGGCAGGCGUGCUGAUCGCCGGGCCGCCAGGCCAGGCGCAGGCCAAGCUCUUCGUGGGCACGCCCAUUGAUGGCAAGUCUGAGUACUUCCCCACGCUGUCCAGCCGGCGGCUCAUGGCCAAUGAGGAGGACGCCGAAAUGUUCGGCUUCGUGUACCAGGACGAGUUCGUGUCCUCGCAGCUCAAAAUCCCCUCAGACACGCUGUCCAAGUUCCCAGCCUUCGACAUCUACUACGUGUAUAGCUUCCGCAGCGAGCACUUCGUUUACUACCUCACCCUGCAGCUGGACACGCAGCUCACCUCGCCUGACGCUGCCGGCGAGCACUUCUUCACGUCCAAGAUCGUGCGGCUGUGCGUGGACGACCCCAAGUUCUACUCCUAUGUCGAGUUCCCCAUCGGCUGUGAGCAGGCAGGAGUGGAGUACCGCCUGGUGCAGGAUGCCUACCUGAGCCGGCCCGGUCGCGCCCUGGCCCGCCAGCUGGGCCUGGCUGAGGAUGAGGACGUGCUGUUCACCGUGUUCGCCCAGGGCCAGAAGAACCGUGUGAAGCCGCCCCGGGAGUCAGUCCUGUGCCUCUUCACACUCAGGGCCAUCAAGGAGAAGAUCAAGGAGCGCAUCCAGUCCUGCUACCGUGGGGAGGGCAAGCUCUCGCUGCCCUGGCUGCUCAACAAGGAGCUGGGCUGCAUCAACUCGCCCCUGCAGAUUGACGACGACUUCUGUGGGCAAGACUUCAACCAGCCACUGGGUGGCACAGUCACCAUCGAGGGUACGCCCCUGUUCGUGGACAAGGAUGAUGGCCUGACCGCCGUGGCCGCCUACGACUAUCGGGGCCGCACUGUGGUGUUCGUGGGCACACGAAGCGGCCGCAUCCGCAAGAUCCUCGUGGACCUGGCGAACCCAGGAGGCCGGCCAGCCCUGGCCUACGAGAGCGUAGUGGCCCAAGAGGGCAACCCCAUCCUGCGUGACCUGGUCCUCAGCCCAGACCGCCAGUACCUCUACGCCAUGACGGAGAAGCAGGUGACCCGCGUGCCUGUGGAAAGCUGCGUGCAGUACACGUCCUGUGAGCUGUGCCUGGGGUCACGGGACCCCCACUGCGGCUGGUGUGUCCUGCACAGCAUCUGCUCACGUCAGGAUGCCUGUGAGCGGGCGGACGAGCCCCAGCGCUUCGCUGCGGACCUGCUACAGUGUGUGCAAUUGGCCGUGCAGCCACGCAAUGUGUCUGUCACUAUGUCCCAGGUUCCGCUCGUGCUGCAGGCCUGGAAUGUACCUGACCUCUCGGCUGGAGUCAACUGCUCCUUUGAGGACUUCACCGAAUCUGAGGGCAUCCUGGAGGACGGCCGGAUCCACUGCCGCUCCCCCUCCGCACGGGAGGUGGCGCCCAUCACGCGGGGCCAGGGAGACCAGCGGGUGGUCAAGCUGUACCUAAAGUCCAAGGAGACGGGCAAGAAGUUUGCGUCCGUGGACUUCGUCUUCUACAACUGCAGCGUCCACCAGUCCUGUCUGUCCUGCGUCAACGGCUCCUUCCCCUGCCACUGGUGCAAGUACCGCCACGUGUGCACUCACAACGCCGCCGACUGUGCCUUCCUGGAGGGCCGCGUCAAUGUGUCUGAGGAUUGCCCGCAGAUCCUGCCCUCCACCCAGAUCUAUGUGCCAGCGGGUGUGGUGAAGCCCAUCACCCUGGCUGCUCGGAAUCUGCCACAGCCACAGUCGGGCCAGCGUGGGUACGAGUGCCUGUUCCACACCCCAGGGAGCCCGGCCCGUGUUGCUGCCCUGCGCUUCAACAGCUCAAGCCUGCAGUGCCAGAACUCGUCGUACUCCUACGAGGGCAAUGAUGUCAGUGACCUGCCCGUGAACCUGUCUGUGGUGUGGAAUGGCCACUUCGUCAUUGACAACCCGCAGAACAUCCAGGGUGAGCCAGCCCACCUGUACAAGUGCCCGGCACUGCGGGAAAGCUGCGGCCUCUGCCUCAAGGCCGACCCUCGCUUUGAGUGUGGCUGGUGUGUGGCCGAGCGCCGCUGCUCCCUGCGCCCCCACUGUCCUGCAGACUUUCCCGCUGCCUGGAUGCACGCGCGCCAUGGCAGCAGCCGCUGCGCGGACCCCAAGAUCUUCAAGCUGUCCCCUGAGACAGGCCCACGGCAGGGCGGCACACGGCUCACCAUCACGGGCGAGAACCUAGGGCUGCGCUUUGAGGACGUGCGGCUGGGUGUGCGCGUGGGCAAGGUGCUAUGCAGCCCCGUGGAGAGCGAGUACAUCAGUGCUGAACAGAUCGUCUGUGAAAUCGGAGAUGCCAGCACCGUCCGGGCCCAUGACGCCCUGGUGGAGGUUUGCGUGCGGGACUGCUCCCCCCACUACCGGGCCCUGUCGCCCAAACGCUUCACCUUUGUGACUCCAACUUUCUACCGUGUGAGCCCUGCCCGCGGGCCCCUUUCGGGGGGCACCUGGAUUGGCAUCGAGGGUAGCCACCUGAACGCAGGCAGUGACGUGGCUGUGUCUGUUGGCGGCCGGCCCUGCUCAUUCUCCUGGAGGAAUUCCCGGGAGAUCCGGUGCCUGACACCCCCUGGGCAGAGCCCUGGCAGUGCCCCCAUCGUCAUCAAUAUCAACCGUGCUCAGCUCACCAAUCCUGAGGUCAAGUACAACUACACAGAGGACCCCACUAUCCUGAAGAUUGAUCCCGAGUGGAGCAUCAACAGUGGAGGGACCCUCCUAACAGUCACAGGCACUAAUCUGGCCACUGUCCGUGAACCCCGCAUCCGGGCCAAGUAUGGAGGCGUCGAGAGGGAGAACAGCUGCCUGGUGUACAACGACACCACCAUGGUGUGCCGGGCCCCAUCGGUGGACAACCCCGCCCGCAGCCCGCCUGAGCUGGGGGAGCGGCCCGACGAGCUGGGCUUCGUCAUGGACGACGUGCGCGCCCUGCUCGUGCUCAACACCUCAUCUUUCCUCUACUACCCGGACCCUGUGUUGGAGCCGCUCAGCCCCACGGGCCUUCUGGAGCUGAAACCCAGCUCCCCCCUCAUCCUCAAGGGCCGCAACCUCCUGCCGCCAGCACCUGGCAACUCCCGGCUCAACUAUACAGUGCUCAUCGGCUCCACGCCCUGUGCCCUCACCGUUUCAGAGACUCAGCUGCUCUGCGAGUCACCCAACCUCACCGGGCAGCACAAGGUCACGGUCCGGGCCGGUGGCUUCGAGUUCUCGCCAGGGGUGCUGCAGGUGUACUCGGACAGCUUGCUGACGCUGCCUGCCAUUGUGGGCAUCGGCGGGGGCGGGGGCCUCCUACUGCUGGUCAUUGUGGCUGUGCUCAUCGCCUAUAAGCGCAAAUCACGGGACGCUGACCGCACCCUCAAGCGCCUGCAGCUCCAGAUGGACAACCUGGAAUCCCGCGUGGCCCUUGAGUGCAAGGAAGCCUUUGCAGAGCUGCAGACAGACAUCCAUGAGCUGACCAACGACCUGGAUGGCGCAGGCAUCCCCUUCCUCGACUACCGGACGUAUGCCAUGCGUGUGCUUUUCCCUGGGAUUGAGGACCACCCGGUGCUCAAGGAGAUGGAGGUGCAGGCCAAUGUGGAGAAGUCGUUGACACUGUUCGGGCAGCUGCUGACCAAGAAGCACUUCCUGCUGACCUUCAUCCGCACCCUGGAGGCCCAGCGCAGCUUCUCCAUGCGCGACCGUGGCAACGUGGCCUCGCUCAUCAUGACAGCCCUGCAGGGCGAGAUGGAGUAUGCGACGGGAGUGCUCAAGCAGUUGCUGUCCGACCUCAUCGAGAAGAACCUGGAGAGCAAGAACCACCCCAAGCUGCUGCUGCGGCGGACUGAGUCGGUGGCAGAGAAGAUGCUGACUAACUGGUUCACCUUCCUUCUGUACAAGUUCCUCAAGGAGUGCGCGGGGGAGCCUCUCUUUAUGCUCUACUGCGCCAUCAAGCAGCAGAUGGAGAAGGGCCCCAUCGAUGCCAUCACGGGUGAGGCGCGCUACUCCCUGAGCGAGGACAAGCUCAUCCGGCAGCAGAUCGACUACAAGACACUGACCCUGAACUGCGUGAAUCCUGAGAACGAGAAUGCGCCUGAGGUGCCGGUGAAGGGGCUGAACUGCGACACAGUGACACAAGUCAAGGAGAAGCUGCUGGAUGCCGUGUACAAGGGCGUCCCCUACUCUCAGAGGCCCAAGGCCGGGGACAUGGACCUGGAGUGGCGCCAGGGUCGCAUGGCCCGCAUCAUCCUGCAGGACGAGGACGUCACCACCAAGAUAGAUAAUGACUGGAAGAGGCUCAACACACUGGCCCACUACCAGGUGACUGACGGGUCCUCGGUGGCCUUAGUGCCCAAGCAGACGUCCGCCUACAACAUCUCCAACUCGUCCACCUUCACCAAGUCCCUCAGCAGAUACGAGAGCAUGCUCCGCACGGCCAGCAGCCCGGACAGCCUGCGCUCCCGCACGCCCAUGAUCACGCCCGACCUGGAGAGUGGCACCAAGUUGUGGCACCUGGUCAAGAACCACGACCACCUGGACCAGCGUGAGGGCGACCGUGGCAGCAAGAUGGUCUCAGAGAUCUACCUGACUCGGCUGCUGGCCACCAAGGGCACGCUGCAGAAGUUCGUGGACGACCUCUUCGAGACCAUCUUCAGCACUGCACACCGGGGCUCUGCCCUGCCGCUGGCCAUCAAAUACAUGUUCGACUUCCUGGACGAGCAGGCUGACCAGCACCAGAUACACGACGCAGAUGUGCGCCACACCUGGAAGAGCAACUGCCUGCCCCUGCGCUUUUGGGUGAACGUGAUCAAGAACCCGCAGUUUGUGUUCGACAUCCACAAGAGCAGCAUCACAGACGCCUGCCUGUCAGUGGUGGCCCAGACCUUCAUGGACUCCUGCUCCACAUCAGAGCACAAGCUGGGCAAGGACUCGCCCUCCAACAAAUUGCUCUACGCCAAGGACAUCCCCAAUUACAAGAGCUGGGUGGAGAGGUACUAUGCUGACAUUGCCAAGAUGCCUGCCAUCAGCGACCAGGACAUGAGUGCGUACCUGGCCGAGCAGUCACGGCUACACCUGAGCCAGUUCAACAGCAUGAGUGCCCUGCACGAGAUCUACUCUUACAUCAGCAAGUACAAAGAUGAGAUCCUGACGGCCCUGGAGAAGGAUGAACAGGCCCGGCGGCAGCGGCUCCGGAGCAAGUUGGAGCAGGUGGUGGACACCAUGGCCUUGAGCAGCUGAGCCACUGGCCAUGACUGCCCGGCCAGCGGGAGUUGAGUGAGAGGUCCCUCGGGGGUGGCCUCUGUCUGGCGGCCAGAGCUGGGAGGUACACGGAGGCAGCCUUGCCCCAGCUGUGGCAGGUGCUGUGCCCUGGGGACCAGGUGUGCAGUCCUGAUCCCCCUGGCCUUCCCCGACCCCUUCCUGCCCAUGGGGGUCCUGGCUCUAAAUUGGUGUGGAUGAGAGUUGCUGUAGCACCUCCACACCAGAGCUGCUUGCCACAGGGCUGGGAAGCCCAGCUGUGACCAGGGGCCUUCUCGGAACAACAGGCUGACUGCCGUGACCCCUCUGGGAGGGAGAGGCUGGGCUGCCAAGGCCAGGAGGGCCAGGCCCAGGGGCUGGGAGGGGGUCGGCUGUGCCCGGCUUCCUGGGCAGUCUGAGGGCUGAGGGAGGCUGAAUGCCUGGGACCCAGCCAAGGUGGGCCUGAGUCAGUCUGGCCAUUGCCACCCACCUGCCACACCGGCUCCCCCAUGUUUGCCGCUGCACCGCCGCCACCAUCCUCCGAUUCACCGCGUGCUCUCCGCGGCCGAGGCCAGAGCGCCGUGAUGACCUCGCCCAGAGAGAGGCCCCCGGCUCCCUCCUAUGGAGGGGCUGCAGGACAGCUCCAUGCAGGGCCCAUGUGACUUCCGGAAGGACUCGGAUCCCGUUCUGUCCUCAGGGCUGUGCCUCUGGGAGCCACUGGGCCUGGGGCUCCGGGCCAUGAGUGCACGUUCCCUUUAUUUAUUCCCCCACCCCUGGGCUGGCCUCCCGGCUGUGGAUGCCUCAGGGGCAGCCCUGGUCACCCUCCCCCUCCCUCUACCCCCCACCUUCCAAUGGCUUCCAGUCUGGCCCCUCAACAGCGUGUCACCCCUUGGAGCGCAGGACAUCUGGGGACAAUGCUCGUGUUUUAUGGGAACAAGGGGGUCUUGCUGUACUCUGCUUGGACAGCCUGAGUUGAGGGGGGGCCUCGGACCAUACCCUCUGGCCUGGCGGGAGCAGGACGCAGUGACCAGAGGGCCUGAAGUCGGCUCUGCCCACCCUGCCCUCGGCGAGCGAGAGAACACAUUUUAAUUAAAACCUGUACAUAUAUAUACAUAUAUAUAUAUGUGGCUCUAGCCUCAGUCUCCAGCCCCAGUGGGGUCCUGUACAGUAAACUGGAGGAGGAGAAAUUUUACAAUUUAGAAUAAGAAAAUCAAGGCAGCGGGAAAGUGAUACCAAACGUCGUGGAGAAAGUUUCCGCAGUUUCCCCGCGUGGAGCCCCACCCCAGGCCUCCUGUUUUUGUUUUGACGUGAGAAGGAGAGAACUUCUCAGCCCGAGAGCUUCGCAGACGAGGGCCGAGGAUUCCUGCAUGACUGUGCUAGCGUUUAGUCUGACUUGAUCUUUUUAAAACUGCAAGUGUUGAAUACUAGAGGUUGUUAGGCCCUUUUUUCAUGUUUUUUAAUUAAUCAGUCACUUGUGAAGACAGUGGCCCGUCCCCUUUUCAAUUCACUUUUUGACGGUACUAGAUUCCCGUGGACUUUAAGGGACAGCUAACUGUGGCCACCCCGCACCCCCCCAGGCAGCGCCAGCCAGACCGCGCACCCUAAUCAGUUUAGGAGCUGCUCCCUCGCGGGAGGAGGGGGUGAACUCCACCACCUCCUGACUCAGGAAGCUCCUGGAAUGGGGUGCAGGGUCCCUGGACCCCAUGAGAACUGAGCAGGGCUCAGGCCUCCUGCCACAGUGGGCGUCCAGCUGGAGCUCAGGCAGGACGGGCGCUGGCCUGGGUGUGAGUCACACCCCCCCCCCCGAGUCUUCCCUGAGGCUGCUUCUGAUUGAAGCCCCUGUUCUUCCAGCCCCACCCGGUCUGGGGCGCUCCUUGCCCCUGCGCCGCCCUCUUCAGAAUCCAGUUCCAAGGUCUCUUCCUAGCACCACCCCUUCCCCGGCCCCCACAGGGUGCUGGGCCCCUGUGCCCACCCUGUGGUCAGCUGGCUGGGCGGUGGUGACGCAGGGGGAGGGGCCUGCCGGCACGUGGCCUCGUGAAGCAUGCACACGUGUCAGGUGCAAGCACUUUAGCACUGUCUGUUUACACACGAGCUGACCGCUGACCUAAGUCUGCCGUCCACCCAGCAGCACCGCUGCACCGCCCUUCCCUGGGGACUGCAGUCAGGUUGAGUCCUGGCUCCGUGGUGCCCCGGCCCCCACUGACACCUCUGCACCCUCCAGCCAGGCUCUCCGACCCCAAGCUCCAGCUCUGGCCUGAGGAUGGCAGGAGCCGGGGAUUGGAGCCCUGCUCUGUGCAGGGAGGUGGGUUUGGUUGCCCCGAAGACCCCCUGCAGCCCCAGGACUGGGGGGCCUGGGCCAUGGCGCAGGGCGCUAUGCCAGGACACCCACCCACCCCAGACACUGCUGCUACCGCCCACCUCACCCGCACACGUCUCAGGAGUGCCAGGGCGGCUCAGCCUCGGAGUGGGAGCCUGGCCUCUCCAUAUACCUCGAGCUUGCCCGUACUCUCUGGCCCUGGCCACCGCCUCCCUGCUUCCCAACCCCGGGGCCCAUGGAAGGGGGGCUGCAGUGCCAAGACAGGCCCAGCGUCACCCUACCCACCCUGGUUUACCCCUGCCGAGCGAGCCUCCGCCUGGUUCUUCCCAGUUCUGGAGCUGAGGGCUCACGCCGUUGGUGCUACACAAGCUAGUAUAGAUAUAUUUAGAGAGAGAGAGCUAUUUUUAAGAUGAAGCCCACAAUUAGCUGUCCUUUAACGCCGCAGGGCCCCCACCCAAAAGAAGAGCAAUCGCUCAGGAGCCGGAGCUGCCCCUCGGCCACUGCCUCUCCCAGGGGCGCUGUGGCUGAAAUGGCACUCGGCCCACAGGUUGUGUAAAUACACGGUUAUUUCCUAUUUUACUGUCUCAGAUUUAGUACUUGUAAAUACACACACAUUAAGGAGAGAGUAAACAUUUUUGCUAAAGC